AUGGCUUGUGCAGCCACAAGAGCGACUUUCUCUUUCCACCUUCUUCGCCAACUUUCCCCUCCAAAAUCCAGAAUCCAUUUCUCUAAACUAUCAUUCCUCUCCAUUCAUAAACCCCAAAAGACUCAUCUUUUCACUCUUCACUCCAUUGAUGUCUCCAAAGAAGACAAGACACCAACUUUGUCAGAUUCAAGCCAAACCAAUCCCCCAACAGAGCCUCCUCCUGAAAAAGAAGAAGAACAAAAGUUCGAUAAGAGAAGGUUAGAAGAGAAGUUUGCAGUUUUAAACACUGGAAUUUAUGAGUGUAGAUCUUGUGGCUACAAAUAUGAUGAGGCAGUUGGUGACCCAUCGUAUCCAAUACCACCAGGGUUUCAGUUUGACAAGCUGCCUGAUGAUUGGAUGUGUCCUACUUGUGGGGCUGCAAAGAGUUUCUUUGAGAGUAAAAGUGUGGAGAUUGCUGGGUUUGCACAGAACCAGCAGUAUGGAUUAGGUGGCAAUGCACUUACUUCUGGUCAAAAGGCUAUUUUGAUAUAUGGGACCUUGUUCGUGUUCUUUGUUUUGUUCUUGUCGGGGUAUUUUCUGCAAUAG